GGAAUUGAAGUGAAGAUUCAUAAGAGGCUUUGCUGGUGGUCACAGCCAGAAAAAAAAAAUGGGGUGUUUGGAGAGUAGAGUCCUGUUGUUAAUGCUAUUUGUGGUUUAUGUUGUUGUUGUUGUUCAGUCUGAAGACCCAUACAAGUUUUUCACUUGGACUGUUACGUAUGGAACCAUUUCACCUCUGGGUGUGCCUCAGCAAGGAAUCCUAAUAAAUGGCCUAUUCCCUGGACCUCAAAUCAAUUCCACAACGAAUGAUAAUAUUGUCGUCAACAUUUUCAACAAGUUAAAUGAGCCCUUCUUGAUCAAUUGGAAUGGGGUUCAACAGCGAAGAAACUCUUGGCAAGAUGGAGUGCUUGGAACCAACUGCCCAAUUCCUCCUGGUGCAAACUUCACGUACAAAUUCCAAGUUAAAGAUCAGAUCGGGAGCUACUUCUAUUUCCCUUCAACAUAUCUCCACAGAGCAGCUGGAGGAUUUGGGGGCCUUUCCGUUGCAAGCAGAGCUGUUAUCCCAGUUCCCUACGUCCUUCCUGAUGGAGAGUUCACCAUCCUCAUUGGGGAUUGGUUCAACACUGAUCAUUCUAUUCUGAGAAAGCGGCUUGACAUGGGAAUGCCUUUGGGCAUGCCGGAUGGUGUUCACAUAAAUGGGCUUGGCGGACAGUCCCGUACUUCCUUCAAAGUUGACCCAGGUAAAACCUACAGGCUUAGGAUUUCAAAUGUGGGCUUGUCAAGCUCGUUGAAUUUCAGGAUUCGGGGACACCAGUUGCAGCUGGUAGAAGUGGAAGGAUCCCACACAGUACAAAACUUGUAUAGAUCCAUAGACCUUCAUGUUGGUCAGUCAUGUAGUGUUCUCCUAAAAACCCGUUGGACCCAAAAAGACUAUUACAUGGUGGCAUCCACCCGCUUCACAAAGCAAGUUCUCGUUGGAGUAGGUCUCCUUCAAUACAGCAAUUCAAAGCAGCCUGCAUCAGGCCCACUUCCCCGGGGUCCCACCACUCAGCUCCAAUGGUCUAUCAACCAAGCAAAAUCUAUCAGGUGGAAUUUAACAGCUGGUGCAGCUCGCCCCAACCCACAAGGAUCAUAUCACUAUGGAGAAAUAAAAACAUCACGAACAAUCAUUUUAGAAAACUCAGCCCCUCAAAUCAACGGAACACAGCGGUAUGCAGUCAAUGGAGUUUCUUUUACCUAUCCUGACACUCCCCUGAAACUGGCCGAUUACUACAAAAUCCCUGGAGUUUUCAGUUUGGAUACCAUUCCAGAUAAUCCUAAUGGAACAGUGAGCAGCAUCCAGACUGCUGUAAUGUCCGGCGAGUACAAGUCAUUCAUUGAAAUCAUCUUUCAGAACAAUGAGAAUACUACUCAAUCAUGGCAUAUAGAUGGCUAUAAUUUCUUUGUUGUUGGAAUGGAUCGCAAGCAAUGGACUCCUGCAAGUAGGGUAUCCUACAACUUGUUUGAUGCAGUUUCUCGAUGUACCACACAGGUAUAUCCAAACUCCUGGACUGCAAUCUUAAUGUCACUUGAUAAUGCGGGGCUGUGGAAUGUGAGAUCGGCAUUAUUGGAAAGGCAAUACCUGGGGCAGGAAUUUUACAUUAGAAUUUAUGGAGGAACUGACCCAAGAGACGAGUACGCUCCUCCUACAAAUGCCCUCCUAUGUGGGAAAGCUAUUGGAAAUCACACCCUCUGAGAAAUUCCCAUUGUUCAUUGAAUUCAAUUCUUGUAUUUUUUUAUAAUGGAAUAAAUGAAGGUGUAAUUGUCAUUGCUU